GUCAUCUAGCAACUACACAAACAAUCUGAAAAACGAGCACUUUGCAGACAACUUUAAGAAAUUUAAAAAGCACAAUGGGGAAGAAGAUCAAGAAAGAAGACAAAGCCCCUCCAGAAGAUGUGUUUGAUGCAUUACUUGUGGAGAGCCACCAGGCAGCAACUGUUGUGUUGAUGCUGGAGAGCCCAGAAGAAGAUGUUUUAGCAAAGGCCUGUGAGGCAAUAUACAAGUUUGUAGAAAAAUGUGAUGAGAACAAGAAGGUUCUGCUAGAUCUGGGGGCUGUGGAUCCACUCUUGAGACUGGCACAAUGUGAAGAUAGGAUAGUACGCAGGAAUGCUAGUAUGGCAUUAGGGGUCAUGACUGCUCAUGCUGAAGUUCGGAAAUGUCUGCGAAAACGAGAAGAGGCAGUUCCUGCUUUUAUAGCACUUCUUGCACCAGAGGAAGAUACGGUUGUCCAUGAGUUUGCUGCACUUGGUCUCUCCAAUAUGUCAGCUGACUUCAGUAGCAAGGUGACCAUUCAGGAGCAAGAUGGUAUGGAACCUCUUAUCAGAUGCCUUGCCUCACAUGAUCCUGAUGUGCAGAAAAAUUCAAUUGAGGCUAUCGCUCUUAUGUUGCAGGAUUACCAAAGUAGAACUGCUGUAAGGGAAUGGAAUGGUCUAGAGCCAAUCAUGCAUUUAAUGAAGUCAGAGUAUGCAAUAAUACAGGAGCUGGCCCUGCUUGCACUGAUCAGAGCUACGCAAGAUGCUGAAAACAGAGCUGCCCUGAGGGAGUUGGAAGUUUUGAGAGAGUUUAUUGAGUUUGUGGGGAAACCUGAAUAUAAUGAUCUUCAUGUACAUGCUCUACAUGUACUCUCAAACUGUCUCGAGGAUCCCGAGAGCAUGGAGCAAAUCCGUGAAUCCGGAGGUCUACAAAGGUUUGUUGCGUUUAUUACUGAUGUCACCCCUCCAGAGGAAGAAACCAAGAAAGAGAAAAAGAAAGACAAAGGCAAGAAGAAAGGAGACGAAGGUAAAGGAGGUCAUGAUAAAGAUGAACCUGGUCCUCCCUCUAACACACUACCAGAGGUGAAACGCCAUGCUUGUAUAGCUAUAGCAAGAGCUGCAAAAAAUGCUGAAAACCGUAAAAUCUUACAUGAAACAGAGGCGGAGAAGAUGUUGAUCUUAUUGCUAGGUCAUGAAGACCCCACGGUCCAAUGUGCAGCAGCCCAGGGUCUGGGGGUCAUGUGCGAGAAUCUUCUCAGUAAGGAGUCAAUAGGACAAUGGGAAGGUAUAGAGCCCCUGUUGAAGCUGAUAAAAGUGGACAACCCAGACCUUAAGGAUGCUUGCUCCCUAGCACUAGCAAACCUCACAACAGGAAACAUGAACAACUGCCAUGAGAUUGUCAACAUGGGAGGUAUUGUCCCUCUGAUUGAUCUACUCUCUGAGACAAAAGAGGGCGCCAUAUCAAAUUCUGCAAUUAUUCUAACAAAUAUGGCAACAGACGAGGGGAUGCGGUCUGAGAUUCAACGAUUGGGGGUGAUUCCAGCCUUAAUAGAGCCACUGAAAUCUAGCUCAACUAAAGUACAAAGUAAAGUCUGUUUGGCAGUUGCCUCCUAUGUUGGUGAUUAUGAUUCACGGGUAGAGUUUGUGGAGGCUGGGGGCUUACCUCCUUUGAUAGCACUGUUGCAGUCUGGGAAUGAUGAGGUCAGGAGAAGUGCAUCAUGGGCCGUAACUGUGUGCAGUGUGGAUGAGAAAACAGCUACUGAGAUAAUGAAACUAGGGGGACUGGACAUUCUCCAAGAAAUUCAACAGUCAAGCACAAGAAGGAAUGGUUUUGUAGACGCAGCAUUUGAACGAUUACUUGACUCAAAAUUGUCAGCGAAAUAUGCACUCACUGGCCAGCUAGGUUCAUCUAAUCUCAUAUUUGAUGGAUUUUUUGAUGUGGGACAAUUAAGACCAGGAACAAAAUUCCUGGGACUUGAGGAUUAUUGUAAACAGGAAGUGAACCAAAAAAGACCCGUCCUCCUUAUCAACGCAGAACCUGAACAAAUUAAGGAUUUGACACCAUCUGAAGCAGAUAUGAUGAAAGAUUCUUCCAAAACAUCAGUGUCAGGGAAAACAUCUCGUACAGGUCGAGACUCUAAAUCGAAAUCCCGUGCUGCACGUGAGAGAGAAGAACGUCAGAGAGAGGAGGAACUGCGUGCUCAGCUUCUCCGUGAAGAGGAGGCUGCAAUGUCAUCUCAACCAUUUGUCACUCCCGCUGACCCAACCCUGUGUAAAUACAUCGAGGAUGUUCAAGAGAGAGUUCUGCCUCUGAUGAGCACUAAGUAUCAAGUCAUUGCUUUGGCAGAAUACGUCUCAGAUAAGAUGGGUGGACCAAUUGCGCGUGGACAGCUGGCAAAUUUCAGCUAUGAGCUACCUAUCAGUCAAAUUAAAUAUGAUCUCAAAUCCAAUGUGAUUCCUAUAGGACUCAUCAAGACUGGGAUUCACUAUCAUAGGGCACUACUGUUUAAGGCAUUAGCUGACAGGAUUGCUGUUAGUUGCAGUCUAAUGAGAGGGGAAUAUAACAGGUCCUGGAAUGAGGUCAUGCUCACUGACGAUGAUGAUACGCCUGGAGCCCCAAAGUUCCCACCUAAGAGCUACAUAGUUGACUUAAUACAUGAACCUGGCAGACUGAUGCUAGCAGAUAGCAAUGAGGCUGAACAAUACAAGAGAUUAUAGUGCUCUUUACAAAUAAUUAUGUUGGAUGAUACAAGGGAUUAUAGUGGACUAUACAGAUGAUUAUGUUGGAUUAUACAAG